AUGGCAACGCCGGGGUCCACAGCAGCAGGCCCCAGCGGUGCGCCGCAGCUGCGAAGGCAAAAGUCUUGGCUGAAGAAGGUCUGCGGCGUGGCGCUUCUUCCUUGCGAGGAAGAGUUCGCUCCGUUGCUGGAGAGGCACGAUGCCUGCAAGCGAGCUGGGGAUCAGCCCGGAGCGCAGGCUGCCGAGCUGGCGAUUCUGCAAGCCCAUCCUUUCGUCAUUCAAAAGUCCAAGGAGGUCUCCGCAGAAGCCCUGGCACCUGGCGUCACUGCGAGGGCGGAGAACUUCCGGCUCUGCGUGCCCAAAUUUUCGAAGUGGUUGAAAUCUUCGGACGGAAAGCGUUUCGAAGCGAGGGGCAAGGGCUUCGACGACGGCGUGUACCUGACCUCCGCGCUACUCCGGAAGUUUCUUCCCCGCGGCUACACCCACUUCUGCUUCUGCAAGGAGGGAGCGGAGGUGAACGUGGUGCUCCGGGGCUUCUUCAAGUUCACAGGCUUGACAGUUGCCGAUGAGGACGAGGAGUCCAAUGUGACGGCCGAAGCACAUUCCUUCCUCUUCCACGGGUAUACCAUGGAGGAUGCCCAGCGCUUCUGUGUCACAACGAAAAGCAACGGAGAAAACGGGAAGUACACUUUCCGUAAGAUUUUUGGAGACUGGUAUGCCUUUGCCGGGUCAAAAAACACCGGCAACGCCUGGAAGCUCGGUGCGGAUGUCAGCAAGUUGUAUCCCGUGCCCCACCUCGAUCCGGUCGGGCGCGUCGGACCCCAGAUUGCGGCGUAUGUUGACAGCGCCGUCUCGGAGAUGCCAGAAACAGCGAGGGAGGCGUUCCUGGAGAUGGUCCACCAGAAAGAGGUGACGGUGAUGGUGGAACAAAACGACGAGAAGCACGAGCACAUCUUUCCAAUCGAGCGCUCCUGGAUGGAUCACGUCGCCAUCCUUUCCUCAGAUGGCUUUCCGUGGUCGCAGCACGAAGCGUUCGCCGUCUUCGACCAGUACGGCCUGCGGCGUGUGGCGCUGGACAUCUACACGGACAUGGGGAAGUUGAGCUCAACGAUGGAUGCCAUCCGGGGUGAGGUGGAUGGCGAGAUUUACAGAGUUCCUUCGGACUACUGCUCAUCGUGGGGCAACGGGGAUGGACAGGAUGCUAGAGCUACCAUUACAGCCUUCUCACCCACCGGUGCCUUUGUCGUGGACGACUGCUCGACCUCAGGAGUGAAAGGGCGUCAUGGAAUAAUAAUGGGUUUCAAAGAGGACUACCACAAGGCCCUGGCGUAUCCGCAGGAAGUCCUGCUCAAGUACCUGCACAAUCCAGUGUUCCACAAGGCCCUGGCGUAUCCGCAGGAAGUCAUGCCCAAGUACCUGCACAAUCCAGUGUUCCACAAGGCCCUGGCGUAUCCGCAGGAAGUCAUGCCCAAGUACCUGCACAAUCCAGUGUUCCACAAGGCCCUGGCGUAUCCGCAGGAAGUCAUGCUCAAGUACCGGCACAAUCCAGUGUUCCACAAGGCCCUGGCGUAUCCGCAGGAAGUCAGCCUCAAGUACCCGCACAAUCCAGUGUUCCACAAGGCCCUGGCGUAUCCGCAGGAAGUCAGCCUCAAGUACCGGCACAAUCCAACGUACCACAAGCAGUGGUUGGGAAGUCCACAGACUCAGGACCAGAUGGCGUUGUUGGCAGGAGGGAUGGCGCAGUUGCAGCAGGCCAUGUUGAAGCAGAUGACGGUCAACAAGGACGAGGAUAAGUCUCCUGAAGCAGUAAAACCGGGAGUUUCGCAGCUGCCAUCGUUGCCCCAGGUGAAGGCAGAGUCCAGUUCGAUUGACAUAGCGGAUUGGAUGGAGAUGCUGGCGGCUCCAAUGUCAGACUUGAGCGACGGGUCAGCAGCUUGGUGGAGAAAGGUUUGCGAGCAGGCUACGUUGGCUUACCAGGCCUGGACUGAUGCGGGUCCAAUGGAGCGAUUGGCCAUAGCUCCACCGAAGGACCCUUCGUUGGAGGAUGGUAGGUGGGGACGAGUGAACAGCAGAGCGGCUUCGAUGAUAUUGUUGGCCCUUCACGAGAAUGUUCGCUCUGAGAUGGUUGCGCGACGACUCACAGGGUCAACAGUCUCGCUCCUCUUUCGCCUUAUGACCCUCUAUCAACCUGGAGGUGAAGCUGAACGCUCGCGGAUCUUGAACAACUUGCAGAACCCGCCGGAGGAGACGGAACCCCAGAAGAUUGUUGAAGCUUUGAGGUCGUGGGAUAGAUGGCUGCGUCGUUGCAAAGAGCUGAGUUUGGCUACCCCAGAUCCAACAAUCUUGGCACGUGGCUUGAACAAAAUGGUUCGAAAGCUUGUGGAGCAGAACGCCGACAUGGGCUUCAGGACAAACCUGGUGCGCUCCACACUUCAGGUGGACACUCGGCCUUCCUACACCAGCAUCGACACCUACUACAAGCACCUGAUGGGUGAAUGCGAGGCGUUAGCUGUAGCAACCUCUUCUUUGUCAACGCAGGCCUUGAGCUCUACCUCAACCAGACCUGAGCCAAAAAUAAAGCCGAUGCGAACGGAGAUGAGGAAUGGGAACUACAACACCCCUCCUCCUCCACCAAAGCCGCCGUCGACCCCUUCUACGUCGCCAACCAAUGAUGGUGCGGAGUCUCAGCGCUCCAAUGGUGAAAAGAAGGAUGUCCCGUGCAAGUUCUUUGGAAGGACGUUUCGAGGGUGUGCAAGGGUGAACAAGUGUCCGGUUCUUCACUCGUGGGAUGGACUUGAAAAAGAACGCCCAUCAAGAUGCCUGGCUUGUGGAGGCAAGCAUAUGGCAAAGGACUGUCCCAAUAAAAAGGGAACCCCGCCGUCAUCUACGACAACACCCCGCACGGCUAACAAGGCAGCUGGAGAACAAGGCGGACCCACUUCAACAACACCUACCACAACCAAGACGGUGAGAAUUGAUGAUAAGCCCCAGGUUGAAGGAGGUGGUGGGGAAACGACCGCGUCAGCUACGACUACCAAUGACCUCAAGGAAGUGCUUGCGGAUGUGGGAAAGAUGCUUAAGGCGAUGACUUCAGUGACUACAAUCAAGCGGGCAGAGGUCAAGGACGAUCCCUUGUUGGUUAAGAUAAAGGUGUUAGCGGCUAAGUUUGGCUAUGAGGAUGAAGAUGAAGGUGGCGGCCUCCUGGACGGUGGUGCCUCACAUCCGAUGCGGGCAGCUACCGAAGCCGAGUAUGAAAGAAGCAUUCCGGUGAAGGUGACGUUAGCCGGUGAGGAGGAGCGUGUUCUACGACAAAAUGGUCAGGGCACUGUUCUCUUGAAGCCAGGAGAAGCGGAAAACUCCCAGCCGAUCGUUCCAUUGGGAGCUGUCAUAAGAGACCUGGGCUGCCGCUUGCAAUGGAAGGAGGAUGGAAUCAAGCUCUUCCACCCGGACCGCGGGCAGGUGAAGAUCAGAAUCCGGAACAAUUGCCCGGAGGUGAGCACAGCAGAAGCUCAUCGCCUGAUUAAGGAGUUGGAGAUGGUUCAGCUGAAGACGCUCAAUGAUCAGGUUUCUUCCCUCUCGGCGAGAUUGGAGGUUUUGCAGAAGGAGGAGAAGCGCACUUGGGAUCAGCUCCUGAAGGACUUCAUGGAAUGUGGAGAUCGCGGACUACUUCAUAGAGCUCUCCUUCUUUCCCCGUUCACCAAGGACCUUCCGGCGGAUGUGCAAGCUAUGAUGGUUGCCAGCUUCAAGGUGGAGGGCGGUGAUGAAUACCUAAGGAAGCUACCUUUCUCGAGGAGGAAGCGACGGUUGCUACAAGCUUCAAAUGACUGGGUUGUGAAGUUGUUCCACGGCAAGAGCGAGGAGAAUAGCAACUUUGAGAGGAUUAUCUCCCGAGGAGGAAAGGUUAUCCUGGAGGUGGACGUGGCGAACUCGAGGGCAAUGGAUUUGCAUGGAGCGUCUCCGGUCUACCAACUUCUACUGUGGGCGGCUGCGAAAGGAAAGAUUGCUGACGUGAUCGGCAGUCCCCCGGAAACUACAUGGACUACCUCCUUGACACCAACGAGGGGACCAAAAGCGAUCCACCAACGGACCAAGGACUUUCCGUUCGGAGUGCCGGGACUUUCUGUACUACAACAGCAGCGCUUGGACCAAGACACGGCAUGCGUGGCAAAGCAGCUUUUGUUGUGGAUGUGCGCCAUGAUGAAGAGUAAAAGGAAUGUGGGAUUUGCCUUGGAGUUCCCCGCGGAUGUUGUUCCAAUGAGAGAGGAGGAGAAGGACUACCUUUCGUUUUGGAAGACUGAGAUGUGGAAGUCUUUCAAGUCAGUGAGCGGAAUGGCUAAGGCUACCUUCAACCAAGGAGCAGUGGGACAUCAAGCACUACGACCCACCACAAUAGCUACGAACUAUCCUGAAGUUUUGGAGUUAGAUGGUGAUUUCGACUUCGGGAGCCAUUGUGUGCCUACAUCGCUGCUGGACCGAGCGUCUUUGAGAAGAUGGUCUUUACAGCUGGAGCUCAUGGUGGCAAGGGCUGCAGUGAACUACGUUCCUUCUCCAGAGACUGAGGAGGAGGAGGCGAUUAACUGUGGAGCAAGGAUGAGUAAGUUGACCAAGGACCAAAAGGACGCCUGGACCUUGCACCUCUUGAACGACCACCAGCCAUAUCGAGCAGAUUGCUCAGUAUGUUUGAACGCCCAGGCAACCGGCUACCAACAUCGUCGACGAAAACAACCACAACUAUACGCCCUGGCGCUGGACCUUGCAGGUCCUUACAAGGUUAAGGGUCGUGACAUGGACUUUGACGAUUACAAGUACAUCAUGGUUGCAGCUUAUAAGUGCCCCAAGGAGUACCUGGAUGCUAAGACGCUUGAGGCGAUGGAAAAGGAGUUCUCCGUUGAUGAGUACGAGCCCUCCGAUGGUGAAGGGGAGUUUGGGAUGAUUGAGGACGAGAAGGGGUUGAUGGAAUCGGCUUCCGGAGGUGAAGAGGAAGCUCAUGGUGAUCCAGAGGGUCCACCUACACUUGAUGAGGCAGUGGAGGAGCUGACAGAGACCCCUGAGUGCAUCACAAUGUACAUCACUAGGCCUUUGAGGAGGAGAACCAAGAAUGAAGUUUUGCGAGCUUCGAAGGAAAUCCUUUUGCAGUUGAAGCAGACGGGCCUCCAUGUUGCUACAGUGCACACCGACCGGGCUCGGGAGUUUUCUUCGGUCAUCUACAAGGACUGGAUCGCCGACAAUGGCCUUCGUCACUCACGGACAGCAGGAGGAGACCCGGCGGGCAACAGUACGGCUGAGCUUGGAGUUAAGUGGGCAAAGUCGAGGGUGAGGGCAUUGUUGAAGGCAGCGCAGGCGGAUGCCCGAGAUUGGCCUAUGGCAGUGCAACAUGCGACUUCUACGGCUUGGCCGGAGGCUUUCCCAUACACCCCGAGUACAAGGACGCCAGCAACUCCCUUUGGAAAUGAAGUUUGGUUCCGUUCAAAGAACUACAAGGGCACUGGAGAGAAGAAGCAUGAUCCUACCGGGGCGCGGUGGAAAAGAGGAUGGUACCGAGGACCCUCUUACGAUGUGAACCGGGGCCAUAUUAUCCUUCGAGAAGAUGGAGGCCUCACGAUAGCCAAAAGUGUGAAGUUCAACGUUGUGGACCCGUCAAAGGACCUACCUGAUCUACUACCACCUGGAAUGGCAGAGGAUCUACUUCCAGAACCAGAAGGAAGCGAUGUGUUGGUGCCUAAGAGGACCUUGGAAAGUGAAAUUGAGUUUAUUGCAAAGAUGCUCCUUGGAAAGGGUGCGUUCAAACCUACGGACGUGAUGUACCUCUUCGAAAAGCUUGAGGAGCUGGGCAAUACCGAUUUUCGGGUCGGAAAGAAAACUCCUAUGACAAGUUGGUACACGGGAGCCUUCGUUCAUGGCGGUGUGGCCGGUCUACGAACCAAUGCAAGAAGGUUUCCGAAUGCUACAAAGUACUUGGUCGCCUACGCCAAGGAUAAGGUUGGUGAUGGGGAGUUUACAGCCAUUGGACUUACCAGGAACUCUGCGCUAGGUCUACAUCGUGACGUUCACAACAGUCGAUGUUCUACGAACACAGUUCUUCCUGUGACUGAGUUUGAAGGGGGAGGACUUUGGAUAGAAGAUGAUGAUGUUGAUGCAGAGGACGCAGUUCUCAAGGCUGUCCCAAAGAAGGGUGAGGUGAAGGGACGCGUGCAAGAGCUACAAGGUGGCAAUCCUGUGAGCUUCAAGCCGAAUUUGUGGCACGAGGUUCAACCAUGGAAGGGCGAGCGUGUUGUGAUGUUGCUUUACACACCUCGAGCUUCAAGGUUAAAGCCAGCUGAGAUUGAGGAGCUCAACGAUUUGGGUUUCAAACUGGCAACGGGAGCAUCGACUGAACCCGAACCAGAGGUUCAGGAGGAGUGCGAACAGGACGAUGACAUUGAGAUCAAGCGAGCGUUCCUGAACACCGACAAAGAUCAAGAUGAUGCGUUUGUGGAGCUUGAGGAUGAUGAGUUGUUCUCGGGAGUGGACGUGAAGAACAAACCGUGGCAACGAGUUCCUGAUGCAGAAGGUCAAGUUCGACUACGGAAGAUGAUUAAGAAGUCCGAGGUCCAGUAUACUGAAGGGAUCGAGGAGAUUCUUCAACACCACAUUGAUAAAGCCAAGCCUUUGGAGGUGACCCACACCGUGAGCCUAAGCGAAGUUCGAAGGGCAAAGGACAAGUGGCUUCCCUCGGCCAAGAAGGAGUACGACAACCUAGUGGAAGGAAAAAAGGCUUUCAAGCCAACAAAGUUCAAGGACCUCCCUGCUGGAUGCCGCAUUGUUCCCUGCAAAGGGGUUUUUACAGUGAAGCCAGAUCCUCAAGCGGGCUUCAAGCGCAAAACGCGCUUUGUUGCAUGUGGGAACUACCUGGAGGAGGGUGAGCUCACUGGGAAUGACUUUGAGGUCUAUGCUGCAGGCUUGGAUGCUUCUUCACUGCGAACCAUGCUGGCGUAUCGGACUACUAAGCCUACGUGGGGAGCUGGUGUGACGGAUAUAAGACAAGCUUUUGUGCUGGCGCCAUGGAUUGGGAAGGCUGUGGCACUUAAGCCACCACCCUUGGCGGUGGAAUUGGGAUUGGCGGAGGAAGACGACUACUGGCUAGUCCUUCAGUCCAUCUACGGACUAAGGGAAUCCCCAGCCGCAUGGGCAAACUUCCGCGACAAGGAGCUCGAGGCUGCACGAUGGGAAUGCCAGGUGGAAGGGAAACCCACAGUGUUGAAGCUUCAGCAGUUGGUCUCCGACAAUCAAGUGUGGAAGGUUGUGCGUGCUGAUGGCCAGGGUUCAGAGCUGGGCUAA